GGGAUUGAGUGAUGUGACGCGCGAUGGGACACAGAGGCACCGUUCUGGGAAAUUCUUCACUGACUCAUUCGAGCCGAGAAGCACACAGAUGGCAAUCACUGCAAAGAAAGGAUAACUCACUCUAUUGAGAAACAUUCUUAGCGCCGACUGCCAAAUAGAUCGGAUUACAAUUGUGAGAGAAUGACAAUUCGUUUACUAUAAACAACCCUUUCGACAGCGGUGGGUGGAGCUAGAGCUGUAUAACUCUUGCACACUUGAUCUCACUUUUUCCUUAACGUGGUAAAUGCGGUGCUUGAAGGAAGCUUGUAAGAUGGGAGGCCAUACUUGUUCUGUGGUGCUUUUUAUUAUUUCCAUCUUCCUAGUGGAUGUUUCUGGGUAUCCAAAUGGAAGCGUUGGUGGUGUCUGUGAAUCUAUGUUGCCCAGCCACGGGACCACCGCACAGACAUCUGUUGCUCCAUAUCAAGUUAUUGCAAGCAAUACCACCUUUAAUCCAGGAGACACGAUUCAAGUGACAUUGAAAGGCAAUUCAGGUAAAACCUUUAAAGGAUUUAUGCUGGAAGCUCGGAACGCCCAGUUCUCUUCGACAGCUCCACUUGGCAAAUUCAUUACAACCGAUUCCCAGGCUCAACUCCUUAGCUGUGAUGUUAAUGGGGCUACCUACACUGAUUCUGCUGUUAGUCACGUAUCAAGAAGUGAAAAAUUGGAGAUUAUUGUCAACUGGACUGCACCAAAUUCGAACGACAUUGUAUUCAGAGCUACGUUUGUGCAAUCUUUUGACACUUUCUGGACAGAAGUAUCAUCCCCAAUCAUUCAAAGGUCUUCCUCUCAGAAUCAAGGGAGCAACUUAACCUCUACUGCUAGUUCCAACCUGGAUGCAAUCUCCAGUGAUGGCUGUGGGACGACUAAGUUUUGCUUCAGUAAUCCUUCACAGUGCAACCCAGCCACAGAUCCGAAUUGUUACUUCAUGUCAUCCACUCCGCUGGAUAACCAAGGGUUGCGAUUUGAAAUGACAGGAAAGGCAAGCGGCUACAUCUCGAUUGGUUUCUCAGAUGACAAAACAAUGGGUGAUGAUGAUAUAUACAUUUGUGGUACAACUAACAGUGGACAAGUAGAUGUUCGACGAGCCUAUGCCACAGGAAGAACACGCCCCAGCAGUAAGCCGCUGGGUGAAGUAGAUGAUAUAACUGUGGCAAAUAAUAACGGAAUAAUUCAAUGCUCAUUUGUAACAAGAAACGUCAUUUCAACAACCCAAAGAGCUGCCAAUAAUAUGUACUACUUAUUUUUUGCUUAUGGGACUUCAAGUAGUGGACAAAUAAACAAGCAUCAAGAUUCUCCAUUCAUAUCAGCGGAGAAAGUAAAUGUUGCAGUUCCACAGUCGGCCUUUGGGAACAAUGACAGACCUAUCCUUAUCAAGACUCACGGUGCAUUGAUGUUAAUAGCUUGGAUGACUACUGGAAGUAUUGGUAUGCUGAUUGCCCGGUAUUUUAGGUGCGGAGGAAAUACAAAGAAGAUCUUUGGCAAGGACCUUUGGUUUCAGUUGCACUGGCCUCUGAUGAUACUAACUGUUGUAUUGACAAUAAUUGGCUUUGUGCUGGCAUUCGUCCACGCAAAAGGCUGGAGUUAUGGUGCCGGAGCUCACCCUGUGUUGGGAUGUAUAGUUAUGGGGCUAGCACUGAUUCAACCUCUUGUAGCCGCCUUCCGUCCUCCACCAGAUCACAAGAGGCGGUGGAUUUUCAAAUAUUUUCAUUCAAUAUUGGCUUUUGCGAUCAGACCUAUUACAGUGGCGGCACUAUUCCAAGGUAGUUUACUAAUAAAUUCAGCACCCAAUAUGUGGCCAGUAAAGGUCUUGGGUGGUUUUGUUGGAUGGGAAUUGCUUGUCCACAUUCUGUUUGGCCUGAUCUUCUAUUUUGGAAAGGGAGCAAAUUGUAGUUGCAGCGACACAAAGAAAGUGAUGAAGCCCUUCUUACUCGUAUUUAUAGUGUACCUGUGUGGAAACUUGGCAUUUCUGGUAGCGAUCCUUGUGGGAAUUGGCCAAGCAUAACAUUUCAUUUUGCAAUAGAGACAGUUACAGAUCUUUCAGUCACUGGCUUGGUAUCAAAGUAUCACAUGAAGACUUCAACACGAGUCAUACCCAUGAAUGUCUUACAAAGAAUUAGAAGUAAUGAUUGUAUGCUUUUUUUAGUUUUUAAUAUACUCAUCAGAAUGGUGAUGAUGUCAUGUGAGGAACUGAUGUAAACUUCUAAAGCAAACUGAAAUAGUAUGAAUAUCUAAAUUGGUAGUUAUAGCAUCUACUGUGGUUUAAUUGAUAAUUUUCCUUUUCCCUAAUGGCUUCCUUGACUAAUCCAUUCAACGAUUUGUAAAUAUGGGUGUCUUGGCCUUGACUUUGAACAAUAGAACAAGCCCCUUCAGCUCUGCAGUUGAGCAGUAUCACUCUCUUGCUGCUCAGGGUCGAUGGAUUACAAUGUAAUUUCAGAGUGACAUUUCAUCUGCAUCAUUACUUAUGAUAUUACUGAUGGAAGCUCCACACAAUGUUGACUUUCAGAAGCAAUUAACUAGAUGGUUCAUAUUUUGGACAAAAGAGACUGUGAUGUAGACUACUGUGCCUGAAAUUAAAUCCUGUAUCUGAUAAUUAUCUUGCUAUUUGUAAGAUGUACAAAAUGGAUAUUUAAGAUUUUUAUUGAUUUAAAAAAUUAUUCUCAGAAUGUUUUAUUUCAUUUUUAAUAUUCUACAUGUCCUUCAAUGUCUCGUGU